AUGCUUCUUGUGAGAUGUGGCGAACUGACUCAAUAUCUAGCCCCCUCUGAUAUCUCGGGUCCUCUUCCUCUUCCCACUGGUACUGAGAUUCCUCCUCCCAAGCAUGAGGAUGGCAACAGCAACGAAAAGCGCGAGGAGAAUCCUCCUCCCGUACCCACCGGCACCAAUGGACCUCCUCCCCCUAAACCUGCCGGCACCGACAUUCCUCCACCUCCCAAGGAGCAGGGUGGUAACGAGAAGCGCGGAGACGCCCCUCCCCCGGCUCCUACUGGAACUGAUGGCCCUCCUCCUCCCAAGCCUUCCGGUACAGAUGUUCCCCCUCCCCCCAAGGAUGAGGGCGGCAACGAGAAACGCGGAGAUACUCCCCCUCCCAAGCCCACCGGCACCGAGGCCCCUCCUCCCCCGGCUCCCACUGGAACUGAUGGCCCACCUCCUCCCAAGAAGAAUAACGGUGGCAAUGAGAAGCGCGAGGAUGCUCCUCCCAAGCCUGCCAACACUGAUGUCCCUUCCCCCAAGCCCACCGGCACAGAGAUCCCGCCCCCUCCCAAAGAGGCUCAGCAGGCUUGA